ACCGUUUACUUAUUACCUGAACCCUACUUUUUCAAAUUUUGAAAAAACAAAAACUCGUUCUUCCCGAUUCCUCUCUCUCCUUUCUCUCGCUCUCUUCGACCUCGAUCUAGGGCAAAUCGAGCAAGGAGAAGGGGAGGAGUACGCGACGGGAGAGAUGGGGCAGAUCCAGUACUCCGAGAAGUACUUCGACGACACCUACGAGUACAGGCACGUCGUGCUUCCUCCGGAGGUCGCGAAGCUUCUUCCCAAGAAUCGCCUACUCUCCGAGAACGAGUGGAGGGCGAUUGGAGUCCAGCAGAGCCGUGGGUGGGUGCACUAUGCGAUCCACCGACCGGAGCCGCACAUCAUGCUUUUCAGGCGACCCCUGAACUACCAGCAGCAGCAGGAGACCCAGGCUGCUGGUGCUUAGAUGCUCGCCAUGUGAAGGAGGGUGAUGAUCCCUUAUCCUUUUUCGAUCUCUAAAAAGGUUAGGGUUUCCUUUAUGGAUUUGUGGCCCCGUUUAUCUCUUGUUCUCUGUUAUGACCUUGUUGUGUUUGUGGAAAUGCUUGUUUGGAAACUUGUGUUUGUGUGUUUGUUUCUGCGGAGCAUGAAGUAUGUGUGGUACACUGGUACUGCUGGUGGAAUGAAUAGUAAUAUCAUGGAUACUAUGUUUAUUUUGGGUCUAUUGCAACUAUGUUUGUUGCUACGUCUUUAAAUGGGUUGAAUUUUUUUUCUUUCUUUU